AUUCACUUAUUUGUUAAUGAUGGAGGCAUAGCCUUUUUUACAAUGAGGAGAUUGGCUGUGUGGUUAAUGCAGCAAUUUUCUUCCACACUAUGAAGAAAGGCUCAAAAGAUCCUUCCCAGAAUCCGCCUGGACCUGCCUCAGGACUGGACCUGGCUGGAUCACCUGGCUCAUCCCUUCCAUUUCCGGUGGAGGAGUAUAUCCUCAACCUCUCAGAGGAGGAAUGGAAGGCUUUCAGCAACAUGUUAGAAACUCCUAUGACAAGGAGCCAGUUUGUGGAGCUCUCGAAGACUGUCCUGAAGGUGUUUAGCCUGGGCUCAUUUCGUCUGGUUCUGCCAACUUUGAUCCACCGCGGAUUUGAUGAGCUGAAGAGCGACUCAGAUACAUCCUCAAGAUCUGGUGAAAGUGGAAACUCAUCGGAGGGUGUUUUAAGUGGAUCCUCAAGUUAUAGUUAUGCCAGUGGAAGUGCCUGCGCGUCCUCAUCUGCUACUGCUGAUGGUCCGAUGCUCUGGAUGAAAUGUGCCCUGGCAGCCUUCAGGAAGAGGGUGGCAUGGCUUCUUCCCCGUCACUCGCCAGAUGUUCACUCUUACAUGUCUGACAUUCACGCCGACAGCGACAAGCGUAGUGCCUGCCCUCGCUCCCGAUCUGGAACCAGGACAGAGCCACGUCGUGGAAUUCCAUCCGUUCACGUAGAGGAUUUCGGCCUGUUGCCAGAUGUUCACUCUUACAUGUCUGACAUUCACGCCGACAGCGACAAGCGUAGUGCCUGCCCUCGCUCCCGAUCUGGAACCAGGACAGAGCCACGUCGUGGAAUUCCAUCCGUUCACGUAGAGGAUUUCAGCCUGUUGCCAGAUGUUCACUCUUACAUGUCUGACAUUCACGCCGACAGCGACAAGCGUAGUGCCUGCCCUCGCUCCCGAUCUGGAACCAGGACAGAGCCACGUCGUGGAAUUCCAUCCGUUCACGUAGAGGAUUUCGGCCUGUUGCCAGAUGUUCGCUCUUACAUGUCUGACAUUCACGCCGACAGCGACAAGCGUAGUGCCUGCCCUCGCUCCCGAUCUGGAACCAGGACAGAGCCACGUCGUGGAAUUGAAUCCGUUCACCUAGAGGAUUUCGGCCUGUUGCUAGACAGACUGUUUUCCAAUGAGGCCAUUGAUCGAGUUGUCCAAGAACUUGUUGGUCAGGUGCAGGUUGCGACGCAAGACGGUGGUCCAUCUGGUGUCCCAGCAACAGUGACAGUUCCUGAGGCGGUGUACGCUAACACCGAGCAGGCAAUCAAGAACCUGCUCCGCCCGUAUGUCACCCCGCUUGUGGUUUGCAAUUCUCCAGGUACAACUGUCCCUAACAUUGCAAGAUUCACAGAACUGCUCCUAGCAGAAUUGGAAAACUGUCAUUCUGCUGCUGUGCUUGGAGCUGAAGACGAUGUUAGAGCCUCAACGUCGCACAGCGUGGACCAAAGCUGUCAGUCCAGGACCGCCAGCUUGAAGACAGACACGGAGACCCAGGAGUCUUCAAGCCAGAACGGACGCCAGCGCAUGUUUGGUCUGUUCAGCCAGCUGAUGGUCCAUCAGGUCAUGGACAAGAUGCAUGAGGAUUCAGCAGCGCAACAAGAGCAGGAGAGCGUAAGAGGGUCUUCCACCGCUGCAUCCUUGCUUCUCGGUGACACUAAGGACUUCGGCUGCUUUGUCACUGUACUGCUGCUGAGGCUCCUGGCCAGAAUGAGUGAUGGAUGCCCCUGCUGCGGCGCCAAGAGGCUGGACCAGGACCUGCUACAAAAGCUCAUUGAGGACCUUCUGUUUGAGUUCACCAGUGACCCAUGGUGCCCAAGCUUCGAUGGUGACCUCAGCAACCAAACGAUUCCGUCCAUCUAUAGGGCCAUGGACGCAGUUUGGCUCAGACUGCUGAAGCAGUUUGGCUCAGACGCCAUCCUGUGGAGGGCCGUCGAUACACAGGAUAACUCAUUUGACGCAACCUUAUUGGCGGAAUUACGAAAGGAACUGUUGACCCAGCGUAACGUAGAAGAUCCUGCUGAACCGUCCACCCAAAGUGACUCGCCGUCCCUCAGCCCCGUGCCUGAACCGUCCACCCAAAGUGACUUGCCGUCCCUCAGCCCCGUGCCUGAGGUCACCUCUGGACAAACAGCUAGAAAAGCCAGAAGUAAACUCAAGAUCUUUAAGAUACGCAGCAGUGCAAAGAUUGCACCAACUAAGGAUGCUUCUGACAAGGGGCUGGAGUCAGAGGCAACCGUCACUCGUGCCCUAUCGGAUGAGGGUAUUGCUGCCGCACCUUCUGGUGACAGGAAGGAGCCGCGCAGACGGCCCUGGUACAAGAAGAUCUUCCUCAGGCUCAGCUGUUUUGGAGGCCCAGCUGAGAUCUGACCUGUCCAGCCCACCACCUAUACCCUUACACCCCAUCCUAACCCAAGCCUUCACCCCUACCCAACUCCCCAACUUGUUUACCAUAUCCACCCAUCCUACCACACACACACACAC